AUGCACCAGUCUGCAAAGCGUGCAGAGGCUUCCCGCCUCCUCGAUCCCUCCUACUAUUCCACCACACACAACUACCAGCCCCGCGUCUACAUAGACCGCAAGGGCAACAUGCACGAUCCAGACUACCGCCACUUCCCCGUCCUCUCAUCGUCCCCCUCAUCCAGCUCGUCGUCCAACUCACCUCUAUCCCGCCGCAAUGUUCGGCCCCACUGGGAAUCCGGCUACACCUACGAGUCUGCCAUUCCCGACGACGACGAAGACCUCCAGGGGGACUACUAUGAUCCUUUCACCAAUCACGGUCUCAGGCGCUCGUCUUCCCUUACCCGUCCCACCACCCCAUACUACCCCUCCUCCUCACCCGUAUCAGACUUUGAGUCGCCCUUUGACGAUCUCGAGGAGAAGCAAUGCAGUGUCAUGAAGAAGGCCUUCCGUCCGCGCAAGUGUCGCGAGAAGCGCCGCGCGUCAUUGGACUCUACGGUGGAAGAGUCCUACUACUACGCCGAGGCGCCCGAGGUCGUUCCAGAGUUGGAAGCAGACGAAGAAGAUGAGGAGCAGCGCCACGAGAAGGAGGAGCGUCCCGCUCCCACAUGCGCAGAGGCGAUGAAGAGGCAGUGGCAGUCGAUAUCGCUCACAGUCAGCUUUGGUGUUUUCAGAGCAAGGCGGAGGAUGAGGAGGGUUCUCAGCGGUUGA